GAUAUAUUUGUUUCUUCAUAUAAUAUAAAUACAACCGGCUGUAAAAGUACGAGUUAAAACCGAAGACAAGGCCCCAUCUAUUAAUUGGAUAUAAUAAUGCCGCACUCCUACGGUAAACGCGCUCGUACUAGAGACAAGUUCUCGAAGGCUUUCCGCCGCAAUGGAAUGCCUUCAGUUGGACGCUAUUUGCAGCAGUAUCGCGUUGGGGAGUACGUCGAUAUCCUUUGUGACCCUUCUGUCCACAAGGGUAUGCCUUACUCUUACUACCACGGUAAAACUGGCAUGGUCUACAACAUUACCCCGAGAUCAUUAGGUGUCAUCAUUAAGAAGGUUGUCCGUGGCAAGCAGCUUUUGAAGCGCAUUCACGUGCACAUUGAACACGUUCGUAAGAGUCGUUGCCGUGAAGACUUUUUGAAGCGUGUCGCUCUUAACGAUGAACUUAAACGCAAGGCAAAGUUGGAAAACAAGAAGAUUCAGGUCAAGAGGCAACCCGCUCCUGUUGCUCCUGGUUACCUUGUAAAGGCUACACCAGAAUCCAUCAUCGCUAUGGACCCUGUUCCAUUUGUCGAAAAAUACUAGUUGUUUUUAUUUAACUCUGUUUAAUUAUGGUAACUAGUAUUU